UGUUCGCGGCGCGCAUGCGCGGAGCGGGCCGGAGAGGAGAAAACUUGAGGAGGGAGCGGGCGGUCGGUCGGUCGGUCGGGAGCUGGUGGCGUCGGCGCCGAUCGCAGCCUUUGUGCGCUUCACGGCCGGGUAACAUGACAGAGCCGCAGUCGGCCCUCCUACUCCGCAGGCAACUGGCAGAGCUGAACAAGAAUCCUGUUGAUGGUUUCUCAGCAGGAUUGAUCGAUGACAAUGACCUAUACAGAUGGGAAGUACUUAUCAUAGGUCCUCCUGACACUCUAUAUGAAGGUGGUGUGUUCAAAGCUCAUCUCACCUUCCCCAAAGACUAUCCCCUCAGGCCGCCAAAGAUGAAAUUCAUCACAGAAAUCUGGCACCCAAAUGUUGAUAAGAAUGGUGAGGUAUGCAUCUCUAUUCUUCAUGAGCCUGGUGAGGAUAAAUAUGGAUAUGAAAAGCCUGAAGAGCGCUGGCUGCCAAUCCACACCGUGGAGACGAUUCUUAUCAGUGUGAUUUCAAUGUUGGCAGAUCCAAAUGGAGACUCGCCGGCUAAUGUGGAUGCAGCGAAAGAGUGGAGGGAAGACCGCAAUGGUGAAUUCAAAAGGAAAGUUGCACGUUGUGUAAGAAAAAGUCAGGAGACUGCAUUUGAAUGAAUUUAUUUGCCAGGAAGCUCGUUUCAGGUUUCUGAGUUGCAGGUCUCCAAUUAAGAACUAACAUGGCACUGACUUUCUGCACUCAAGCCACCAACUGUUGGACUUCAAACUAGUAAAAGUUGAUAAUCCUGGAUUGGCGUUAUGGAGCAAUGAGUGAAUUUUUGCCAUCAUUGUGGAGUAAAGCCUAUUGUGCCAACUUUGGGGGGGUGGGGAAAGGGAUGAAAACAAUGAUGCAUCAGGAUUCCUGUGAACUGCUUUGAUCUUCAGGAGUAAUUGUAAAGAACUGUACAUAGCACAUUAUCUGGAUAUUCUAUAUACAGUCUUAGAUGCCCACAAUAUGCAUUGUACCAAAUUACAGCUUAGUUAGAAAAUCGUGUAAAUUCUAAAAAAUUUUAGCAAGGGGGCUUUGUGCAUUCAUUUUUCUUAAUUUACUAUUAAAAAAAAGUUGUUUAAAAAAUGGGUCCUGCACUGUAAAAAUAAGUUGCAUUUCUCAGUUUUUAAAAUGGAUUCCACAGUGAAUGUUUUAACCAGCUGUUCUGGCACUGCAUUAACACAUGGGUGCCCUCUGAUAUUUUGACCAUGUAUUGCCGAUCUUCACAUGUAUUUAAGAUGCUAAUUCUUCUGGUUUUACAGUGAUGGGUUAAAGUUUAUACCUGAAUUUGUAAUUAGGCAGGUGAAUUCAUUAGUCUUCACUGCCCAACUGAUGAACCAAAUUUUUCUGAAGCUUGGUUUCUGUGAAGAAUGUCUGGAGUAGGUUUGCAUGUUUAGGUGUAGACUUUCACCCUUCUAAGUGGGCAGUUGGAGGAUGUUGUGUUUUCCUUUCUAGCUAUACUGCAGAUUUUCUGCCUGAUGUACAAAGACAAAUGGUGAUGUAUAUUUUCAUGUAAUUUGAUUUUUGGAAUUCUGUCACAUGUAGUGAAAGUUCUUCCAAAAUACAAUUCUUUUCCAAUAAGAGUUGUCGGUUUCAAUUAUGUAAAGGCGCUCAGAUGCACCUGGUUUUUGUUUAAAAUAUACACACGUUGCUAUUAAAUUGAAAACCAGGAUGCAAGCAGAUUGAACUCUAACCAAACCACCAUAUUUUAAUGCAAGAGCUUGUAGUUUUUCCAAAGAUGACAUUUAUAGUGGGCUUGAACACAGUUAAGAUGUUGGCAUAAAACUCCAUUGAUCUAUUUUUGCUGCUUGAAUCUCUUGUGCAGGAUCUUAAAUAUCUGUUCCAUGGCAUUCAGAAUAGCAGGUGUGCAAAAAGCAUGACUGGUAUAAUCUUGUGCUGUUUUCUUGGUUGUCCUUGUGAAUAAUGUACUUAAUGAAACUUACGCUGUGACUUUCUAAGCCUGUGUGAAACGGCCAAUAUAAAUUUAAGAAUUGGAGAAGUUUAAUAUCAGUGAUUCCAAAAUGAACACUAUAUUUAAACUCAAACCAGUAUGAAACUUCAUUUUGGAAUCUGGUACAAUUAUAAAUUGAGGUGCACUGGGUCUUUAAAUCAGAAUACAGGACAAUUUUUGAUCUGUUAUUUAAGCCCUCAGCUUUUUUGUUAAAGCCUGCUGAAACUGGGGGGAAAAAACUUAUUUCGUAAAAUUUGGAGGGAAGAUGAAAUAGCUUUGGGCAUUUAGGGCUAUGGUUGAACAAGCUGCUCAUAAGAUGCAACAUUAUCAAAACCAAGAAACAAGUUGUAUCUGUAACCUAGUUUUUUAAAAAAAUCCUAGACUUGAUUCCUUGCUUGUUCAGAAGUGACAUUAUUUCAGAUUUCAAAAUAAUGGAAGGGAAUUCAUGCCUCUAGAAACCCAGAACAAAGGUAUACCCUAGGCAAUUUGAACUAAGCUGUUUAUGUAAGGAAACGUGCUUUGAUUUUUGCAUCAAAGGGCUCUUAAUACUAUGUUGGUGCUCUAUAAAGGAAGGAUAUCAAGUUCUGGAUAUGACCAUGAAUACGCUAAUGAAUUUAUUUUCUAAGUCUAGAUUUUUAUGCAAGUUUGUAGCUCUUAGGGGGUUUUGGGUUCCUUGUUGGUUAUAGAGAUUGAUCAAAUCUGUGGUAUUUGAUGCUUAUGAGCUACUUUAUUCAAUAGCUCACAAGACUUAAUCGUGUCAUCCAGGCCAAGAAACUGCAUGUGACCUAAGAAACCAACACCCUUUCUGCCAGAAAUAUCUUGGUGCGACAUGCCAUUGCUACAUCAAGCUAUUCAUCAAGUAUUACAUCUUGCAAAGGCAGUUGCAUUUAAAAACUUGAUGCAAUGCUGACAUUUAGUUUACUUUCAAAAGUUCACAAGUUCUGCUCAUCCAGUUCAAGAAACCAUGAACACUUCUUAGCAUUAACAUUCUAUACAACUCUGUUUCAUUUAAAUGUCCAUUUUGCUGUGUCAGACCACUAAAUGGUCGACAUGCUUGAAAGUAGUUAAUAAGUAGUGUGCUACCAAUGCAGCAGUAUAAACUGUUCUCUGAAUGUAUUGGUAUAAUGUCAGAACUGGUGAGGUUUAGAUUUGAACUCCUGAAUCUGCUGUCCAAGAACAUCAAUACAAGCAGGAGAAGGCCACCUAGCCUUUAUUUGCUCCGUCAUUAAUGUUGUGGCUGAUCUUUUGUCUGCAAUCUGAAAUCCUUAGAUUAGUAUCCAAAAACCUAUUGAAUUUAUACUUGGGUGAUUUUUAUUUUUUGAUUGAGGGGGAGGGGAAGAAUUCCAAAGGUUCAGUAUUCUGGGUCCUGCACCAGUUUGGAAUAAGCCCCCAACAAAGUUUGAGGUAGAAAGAAUGGUAACAACACUUGGUAUUGUUGAAAUACCAAUGCUUAAAGUUUGGAAAUUUUAGGUGAUUUGGCAGAAGGCUGCAGAAGAUAUGGGGAUUAAAUUACAAUCUGAGUAAGAACUGUUGGGUGAUUGUGCAGAAUUGGAGUGUAGGUUAUUUUGUUAUGUGACGUGGCUAAGGUAAAGGCCAUUGCAUCUUUUAAGGGAGAAGUGAAUAUUUUAAAGCAGACAGUGGUGUCUUUGGUGGGCAGAACAUGGGGAUCGGUUUUAUGGCUUUCUGGGGUCAAUUUGUUUUCUGUUUCAGCUGUAAAGUGAAUUCCUGGACUUCAGGAAAAGCCAAAAGCUCCUCAAAUCUGUCAACGUUGACUCCUUUUGAGAGUGCUUGAAGAGCUGGCUGAUCCUGUGGGGACCCCACAAUUAUUCAUACUCGGGAUAAAGAUCUGGGAGGCUAAUCAGGCAAAAGGUUCCACAGGUAGAGCUAAAUCAGUAUUUGAUUACAACUAAACCUACUGCCAAGCAUCCUGACUUAAUUGUAAAUCCUUUCCAAAUAUUGCUAUGGUCACAGUAAAGAUCAUCAGCAGUUUAUGGAUCGGUUGUCAGUGAGCAACUGGGGGAGAGGAGGUAAGAGAGAACAAAAAUAUAAGAUUGGCAUUCUUGCAAGAAGACGAGUGUGUUCUUGAUCAUAAAAUGCAAUAAAGUAAAUAGCUGGGUGGUUGCACUUGACCCUCAACUGCCCUACCAUUCAAUAUGAUCAUGGCUGAUCCUAUUUCUAUUUGGGUUGUGGGUGAUUGCAAAGUAUGCAUUUCUGAGAGCCAGGCAUGAACAUAGAAUUCUCAGACUUCUGGUAACUGCUCCCCCCGUCCCGUUUUCCCCUUGUUUUCUCUCUCCUCCUGAUCCACCCAGCCCUCAUCGCCCUGCACUUACCCCUCCCCCCCACCCUCUCCCUCUGCCCAUCGCCCACACAUCCCUCCCACUGGUUCCCCUCCCCACUUCCCUCCUUUUUUUAUUUCAUGCUCCACCUUCCUACCAGCUUCCAAAAUAUUCAGGCCUUUGUCACUUGCGCCUGUCACCUCCCAGCUUCUGACAUCAUUCCCACUCCCCCCUCCCUCACCUGCCUAUCGCCCCAUCACCUGCCAGCCCUUGCUCCACCCCUUCCCUCCUCCUUUUUCUACUGGCCAUCUCCCCCUUUCAGUCCGGAUGAUGGGUCUCAACCCACAAUGUUAUGGUCCGUUUCUCUCCAUAGAUGCUGCCUGACCUGCUGGGUUCCUCCUGUGCUUUGAGGUGCUCCAGAUUCCAGCAUCUGCAGUCUCUCGUGUCUCCAUUUUACUGCAUGAGCUCCUUUAAAUUUUUUUGCAAAUGAGAUCAUAGUUGUAGUUAUGCAGCACAGAAACGGGGCCCAUCGACCCAACUCGUUCACGCCGACCAAGGAGUCUUCCUGAACUAGUCCCACUUGCCUGCAUUUUGCUGAUAUCCCUCUGAACCUUGCAUAUCCAUGAACCUGUCCAAAUGUCUUUAAACAUUUGUAAUUGUACCCACUCUACCAGUUCCUCUGGCAACUUGUUCCAUAUACCCACCAACCUCUGUGUGUGUGUGUGUGUGUGUGUGUGUGUGUGUGUGUGUGUGUGUUGGGGGGGGGGGGGGAAGAGAGGGAAAGAAUCUUGCCUCUCGGGUCCCCUUUGAAUCUUUACCCUCUCACCUUAAACCUUAUGCCUUCUAGUAUUAGACUCCCCUAAUGUGGGAAGGAAGCCUACCAUCCAACUUAUUUAUACCUGUCAUGAUUUCAAACCUGAGAAAUAAUGGGAGUUAAACUUGUGCCUAAGCCACACUGCCAACUUAGUGUGCUGUAGUAGCCUUGUAUGGACAAAAUUUAAACAGGAAUUAUGGCACAGGAGACCAUUUGGCCAUUGUUUAUAGAACUAUCCAGUUGGUCAAAUUCCCUUGCUUUUUGCCCACCUUUCCUUGCCCAUUAACCAUACCCUGUAAAUUUUCUAAUGCUUAUCCAAUUCACUGAGGUUUUGUACACAUUUAUUUUCAGAGUUCAAGAUUAUACCUCUCUGCAUUAUUCUCGUGUCUGCCCCCCUGCUGCCCUCCACCCAGUAACUUUUGCCCAUUCUAACUUGGUUACUGCAACCUUAAUGGAUGGUUUAACUCGAAACCUGAAAGUGAGCUGGCCGUAACUGUAAUUUGGCAUCUUCAACAUUUCAUCUUCAAUGUUAUAUGGGAGAGGCUGGUGUUUUUCCAGUAGCAAAGCACUGAGAAGAUAUUUGAUAAGUAUAAAUUAUUGUAAAUGGAGGUUUCCAUUUCCUCUCCUACACAGCUCUAAAAUUCAAAUCUUCAAAAACUGAAGUAUAAUUGAUGCAAUUGAAGAAUCUGGUGAAGUGGAUAAUGAUUUAAUUAAGUAGCCCAACACAAGCUAUUGGUUACUUCCAGCCUUCGGGGGUGGGGGGUGCAGAAUCCUCCUGCAUCAUGCAACCUACAGUAAACCACAUGUGCUUGCUGCCUUCUAGAUGUAAAAUCAGAUCCCAGAAUUCAGAAUGGUAUAAAGCUAACAUUCCUAGCAGUGACAGAAGGGAAAACCUAAUGUACAUAAUACUGUUGACACUGGAAAUCCAACAUGCCUUAGUUGGCUUAAGUUGUAUCAAAGCCUGUCACAACUUCCUAGAAUGAGGUGGGUGAGGAAAGUAAAUGGUGUGAUUUUAGUAGAUGGUUCAGCUCUGAGGCAGUGGAAGGCAUUAGAGAAGCACUGCAAUGUAAUUCUAGGUUUGGCCACAUGUAGUCAUCAUUUUAUAAAUUCUUUCAUUUCUUUGCAGCAGGUUGUGCUCUCCUAGCCAAUCCUGUUGGAAUUCAUGAUUGUAGAAUAGUUAUUCGUGUUGGCAAGAAGCUCAUUCUUUGGUAUCUUGGAACAAAAGCAGAAACCUAGCAUAAGAGCUUGUUAAAUUGAAUCAGAGAAAUACAGCACAGAAAUAGGCCUCAGUUCACGUGCUGACCAUCAGCCAUGCAUUUGCACUAAUGCUAUAUUAAUCCCACUCUUCAUUUGCCCUACACUCUUAACUCCCCUCCUCUUCCGUCCCACCCCCAUAGAGUCUACCACUCAUCUACAUGCCAGGGGCAUUUUACAGUGGCUGAUUAACCUACCAACCUGCUUGUCUUUGGGAUGUGGAAGGAAAUCCACAUGGUCAUAGGGAGAAUGUGUGAACUCCACUCAGACACCACCCAAGGUUGGUACUGUACUUGGAUCUCUGGUGCUGUGAGGCAGGAGCUCUAUGAGCUGCACCACUGCUAUCAGUACUGAGACUUCAGUCUUGUACACUGCUGAUCUGGCCAUUCACUGCAUUGUUUUUGAAUCCUCCCAGCUGUAACUGGGCAGAUACUGGGGACUGAUGAUCACAGAGCAGCAGUGAAAGUGUAAGAUAAAAUACAAGCUGCAUUAGUAAUCCUCUGAGGGAAAACUGAGCAAUCCAGUAUUUCAGAGAUAGGAAUUGAUCUGGCUUAAGAUGAACACUGGAGCCAAUGAAGACGAAGCACUCCUGGCCUUGGUUUAAGUUGGUCAUUCUCAGUACUGUUGGCUGCCCUAGAGAAGAUAGCAGGCAAACAAGUGAUAGAUUGUUAAAUUGUAUUGGAGGUAGACAAUAAAAGGAGAAUGUAGUUGUAUUUAUUGGUUCCAAAUGUACCAUGCACAUAGUAAAUAAGAGUUGGCUAUUAUCCCCCUCUGGCUCCACCAUUCAUCGAGAUCACGGCCGUCCUACUCCAAUAUCCUUAUGAAACCUAUCCAUUUGAUUUGAAUGUGAUCAGUUUCAGAGCCUCCCUUGAGUGAAGAAAUUCUUCCUCAUUUCAGUCUGGCAGAGCUGUUAUUACCUAGUUCUAAACUCCAGGGGAAACAGCAUAACUGCAUCCAAUCUGUUGGAUCCAUCCUGCUUUUUCAGUAAGGUUACUUCACAUUCCAAAGAAGAGGCCUAGCCUACUGCCUUUCUGUCUAUCAGACUUGACAUCCUAGAACCCAGGCUGAUGAAUCGUCUCAGAGAGACACACAAGAGACUGCAGAUGCUGGAAUCUGGAGCAAGACAACAAGCUGCUGGAGGAACUUGGUGGGUGCGGCAGUAUCGGUGGAGGAAAAUGGACGUUCAAUGUUUUGAGUCAAAACCCUUCAUCUAAACUGAAGGGUCUUGACCCGAAUUGUCAACUGUCCAUUUCCCUCCAAAGAUGCUGACACUCACUGAGUGCCUCUAGGGUGGAUCGUCACAUGUCUACCAACUUUAUGCCUUUUACAUCAGAUCUGGUGCGAAGUAUCAGAAUUAAUGAUAACUGUGGCGUAUCUCUUCACUUAAAGCAGGAGGAGGUAUUUUCCUUCAAGUCGAAAGCAUCUCAAGUAGACUUCUGAUAUUGAAAGUAGCCAAAAACCAGGAACUCUGAUUCUUGAGGCAGCCUGAGCCGUUCCAUAGAUGAGGAUGUUGCAAAUAGAAUGGUUGAAUGCUUUUCACUCUUGUGUGCUUCUGUAAAAGUCUGUAAUUAUCAAAAGCAGUAAAUUGGUUUCAUUAGAAAAUUAACUUUUGAAUAAAAUGAUUUGAAGAA